AUGCCGAGCUUUUGUCCCAAAUGCGGGGACUAUGUGGAGGAAGAUGCGUGCAAGAAGUGCGGUGAGAUAGCGGUAACAGCCAAGGAGAACCCAUGGAAGACAGCAGCCAUGGUGCCCGGAGGCGACCAGAUGAGCGUCCCAGCGUUGCCCACAGCUUUUACUGCAGCUGCACGCAUUCAGAUGAUAGGGGUGCAGCCCGUAUUGGAGCCCGCUCGCAAGGAGAAAGCGGAGGCGCGCUUUAAUUUUGUGCCGCAAGACUCGAGCACACAGUUGGCGCUGUCGAAGGGUGACGAGGUAGACGUCGUGCGCAAAGAUAGCGACGGCUGGUGGUUUGUCAUUAAGGACGGCGAGAAGGGCCUCGUGCCAGGCUCGUACCUGCACAUUGAGAACCCUAUCGUCCCCGUCGCAGACGCUGCAAUUCUCGCGGCGCGCGAGGCCUCCAACCAGAGAUUUAUGGAGAUACAGCGCAACUCUGGGGCCAGCACGCAUGGAUCAGAGCCAGGCAUGGAAUACCAGUCGCUGCUUGGACUAGAAGCGCUCGCGAUGGCAGACUCUUGCGCGCCAAAACCACCGAGUGGACCUGUGCGUGCAGAUGCAAAGUCGGGUGGCACUGAAUUUAAGCCUAAAGAGGUGCGCAAGUUAAGAAAGUGCUACGCUUGCAAGGAGACCAUUCUGGGCCGAACGAAAGUAUGCAAGGAGCAGAUUUUUCAUGAGAUCUGCCUUCUGUGCAGAGGCUGUCGAGAGUCGAUUGAAGAAGACGAAGACUUUACAUUGAUCAAGAAAAAAGCGUACCAUGCUGAGUGUGCUAACGACGUCAACCACUGCUUCGUUUGCGACAAGGAGAUCUUGGGCCGAGUGUAUCGAGCUGGCGACGGCGCUUUCCACAAGCUCUGUAUGGUCUGCUCCGUGUGUAACAAAAAGUCUAAGGAAGCUGGAGCAAAGUUGGUAAACGACCUUUUCGUUUGCGGCGAUUGCGUUGCGGAGAAAGAGAGAAAAGAGAAGGAGGAGACAGAAGCUGCGCUUGAACGCGAACGAGCUGCUGCCAAAGCAAAGGCAGAAGAGGAAGCAGCUAUUGCUGCUGCAAGGGCGUUAGAGGAAGAGAAGGAACGAAUCGCUCAAGAGGCUCAGAUAGCUGCCGAAGAGGCUGCUCGUGCAAAAGCCAUUGCAGAAGCAGAAAUAAAAGCAGCAGAGGCUAAGAUGUUACAAAGUGGCGCUGUUUGUGUUUCGAAUGGCAAUAGUCGGUUUGGAAUUGAUAGCCUUCGAUCCAGUACGUCGAAUCUUGACCAGUUUGAUUUGGAGGCUACACCUCUUGACAUGUCAGGGCAUAACAGCCGGAUAUCUGAAGCAUCAGAUUUGGACUCGAUUCUUAGUGACGGUGAUUAUGCUGGAUACAUGGGAACCGGCCAAAGGGAAUCGCUGCGCUUGUCGGAAGUGCUUGACCUUGAGUCUUACAAAGAUGAUCGUUUGUCCGACAUGAGCGGUAUCUUAGAAGGAGCUGCCGAACGGACGAAGCCGCGGCACUCAACAACGAUUGAAGGAAUAAUGAAUGAAAACGAAGAAGUCUUUUUGGAAGAUGAGGACGACCGAGAGCUGUGUGGCGGUUGCAAGCUUGUACUAGAAGGAGAAGCUGUUGGUGCUCUGAACCAGUACUUUCACUACGAGUGCUUCAAAUGCAGCCACUGCAGUCGUGUUAUCGCUGAAGACGAUGGUUACGCCGAGAAAAACAACCAGGCGUUCCACCAAGCUUGCUACCAGGUUCGCUUCGGCAAGAUGUGCCAUCGAUGCGACAAGGUCCUUAGGGGGAAAGUGGUUAAGGCUCUCGAUCAUCUUUACCACCCCGAUUGCUUUGUGUGCUUCCAGUGCAGCGCUUCCCUAUCAGAAAGUUUUUUUGAGCACGUAAGCCAAGCGGUUUGCGCUAAGUGCAAGCACGAAGCGAUUGUGUUAGAUGAACUUAGCCUUCCAGAGACAAUGACUCCCGUGUCCAAGGCUAUUGCUGGCUAUCGGUUCGACGCCCAGGAUGACACACAAUUGACUAUUUAUCCGGGCGACGAGGUUGCUAUUUUUCAGAAGGACGACGAUGGCUGGUGGCUGGUGGAAUUGAGAAGCAAGCGUGGCUACGUGCCAGGUUCAUAUUUGAUUGAGCGUCCUAUUGAAGAACAGCAUAAGAGUAGAGUCUGCAAGGCGGGUCUUUGCAGCUCGUGCUCAACGCAAAAUCCAGCAGAGGCACGCUUUUGCCGAAGCUGUGGCAACAAUCUCAAAGCCUAA